AAUUUAAGAUUCCUUUUAAUUGCAUAUUUACAUGAUUGAUUUUACACUAGUGACUGAUAAACGAAAAACAUGUCUCUGCGCGUUUUGCAGGUCGUCCGUCGGCUUUCUCCUGUUACGCUGACCAAAAGGAUCGCAGUGUGAUAAUCAUUGUCACGGAACAACUCAAGGAAACGUUAAUAGCGUGCUGAGCAUCUUUGAGUCUGAUUGAGUCACGCAGAAAUCUACACAAAUGAAGGCUCGAAAUCUACUGUUUUUAUUUCUCCUCUGGUUCUUUUACCUCACCCUUGGAGUGCUAGUAUUCAGAGCUGUGGAACACGACGGCGAGGAACAGCGAGAGAAAACCAAACAGCAACAGUUAGUGGUUAUCAAAGACAAAAUAACAUCCGCGUACAAUAUGAGCGAAGCAGAAUUCUUCAACAUUGUGAAACAAAUUGAGGCAGCUUCGUCUUCAAAUGGCGGACCAGAAUGGAGCUAUCACGAAUCUGUUUCUUUCGUGAUACAACUGGUGACAACAAUAGGAUAUGGAAACAUUACUCCGGUGACAAAUGGCGGCCGUGUGCUCUGUAUAGUCUUCGCCUUCUUUGGAAUCCCGAUAAACAUCCUGUUUCUGCAGUCGGUUGGAAAAAGCCUGCGUGAAGUCGAAAAAUUUCUCAUCACAGAAUUUGAAAAGCGCUGUCUGAAGAGGAAUGAAGAACCGAAAUUCCUAAAUGAAAAAUGCUCUCUGUGUGCAGUUGUGUUCUUCUUUAGUUUGUUACUUUUUUCUGCGGCUGUCCAACAAAAGAUUGACGAAUGGACAUUUUUGGAGGGUUUUUAUGCCUAUUUCAUCACGUUUACAACAGUAGGAUUUGGAGAUUUGAUACCAGGAGGCAGUCCAACAGAAUCUCCAGUCAGAAAUACAGUAGUUCGUAUCGUAUUCAUCAUCCUUGGUUUAGCGGCCAUGUCGAAUGUACUUAUUGCAGUUAUGGAUUCGACUGACUGCCUUAAAUAUUUGAAAACUUGCAAGAUUUUUCGCAGAAGAGGAGAAACUGUUGAUAUUCCUGAAACAAAGGAAGGCGGUGGUGGAAUAGAGUUAACUGAUUACCGUAAGGAAGAUCCGAAAAACAACGAUUUGGAACUUGUAGCAGCGAUAUGAGUUGUGGAUCUUUGCUCACAUUAUUUUAAAAAAAAAGAUAGAAAGUUUGUUACUGGCUAACUCUGCUACUGGUCCUGCUAGCUAGGUUGAGCGAGAAUUCUGUGGCAAACAACAAGAAUCGAACUUCUUAAUAAGGAGGCAAAGGGAAUUCUUUUAUAUCUUCCUGCUUCCAUAGCGCACUUUAGGUAAUGUAGGGCAUGAAAUGAAAAUUAGAGCUCCUUUUCGCAUUUUUCUGCUAAUAUUCAGCCAACAUAGCACUUGGAUCUUGCGCGUUCGAGCAUUUUAAAAUCAAUUUUGUACAUUAAACGUGUAUCCAUGUAAUUUAGUAUAUUUAUAACUAUAAUAAAGUUUAAGGCUCGUCA